GAAAAGCGUUUGGAGCAUGGCGGCUUAGCGGAGGGAAUGAGUCGAUUUUCACCUAUUGUUUUGAUUUAUUUUUAUGUUGUUUCUUUUUAAAUAUAUACAGCUUGUUUGCCGCGGGACUUGAUGAAAAUGGGGUCACUUUUCAAACUCUAACCUCGUGUUUUUUUUUUUAUGUUAUUUAAACUUUCUUUGUAGAAACUCUGAUUUUAAAGUCCGUCUCGUCUGUCAAGAAGGCGACAUUUUACAGUCGCCUGAAAUGCUUUCCGCCGUAGUUGCCUUAUUAAUGACGCGUGUGCGAAACUGGAAUUACAAGUUAUGCGAUCUUGUUUAAUCGUUACUGCCAAGAGAAACGGAUGGGCUGGGUUGAGUUUGCGCAAUAAAGAAAACAAGUAAACCAAAAAAACAAAUCGAAUUAUUGGAGAACUUCGGCACAGGUUCGCCGACUGUCCAGUAACGGAUUGCUGUCCCGAUUUUGCCCGAUCGCGUCCGUCUAGCUCGAGGACUGGAUAUACCGUUUCCCCGAGUCAAGUCGAGAUUGUUUUGAACUGGAUCUAAACUGGGGAGAAAGCUCUACGAUAGCACUGAGCACACCUGCGCUCCGCUGAACUGAGACGAGCUGUGUCGGAGCGGAGCUCAUGGGCCGGCGAGGCAUGGCGAGUCGCCUUUUGGGAACGGGACUUUUGCUUCUAGCGCUCCAGUAUUUCGUGCUGAGUGUGCAGGGGGACUUUGUGGAGCCCCCUCCCUCCUUCUCUCUGCGCUCCAUCUCGGAGGAGAGGACCCGGCUGCCCUGCAAGUUCCAGGUGGAGGACGGACAGGUCGUGCAGGUGAGCUGGGUCCGGGAGCGGCCCGGCGGAGUCAAGGAGCAGCUCAUCACUGCGCAUCACACCCAGGGCCAGCCAGUGUUUGGGAAGUUUUCUGAGCGACUGCAUUUCGAGAACAACAACCCCAUGGCAGACUCGGCGCUGAUCAUCCAGAACACGGAGGUGUCGGACGAGGCGGUCUACACCUGUCUCAUCUCCACCUUCCCCUCGGGAAACUUCGAGAGAAAGCUGUCACUCACCGUCUGGACCACGCCCAUCGGCAGCCUGGAUCCGGUGGAGCUGGUGGAGGGGCAGGCCUUCGGCCUGGCCGCCACCUGCCGCGCCAUGGCCCGCCCCUCCCCCCGCCUCUCCUGGGACACGGAGCUGCCCGGGAAAUGGCACAACCGCACGUCGGAGGACGGGCUGGUCUCCACCUACUUCUCCCUGCACCCGCUGCGCAGCAUGAACGGCCGGGCGCUCGACUGCCUGGUGUGGCACCCGUCGCUGGGGCGACCGCGCCGGCUCAGCAACCGUCUGGUGGUGCGCUAUCCUCCAAACCCUACGGUGAAAGGGUACGAUCACAACUGGGUGGUGGGUUAUGAGGGAGCGUCUCUCAGGUGUGAGAGUGGAGGGAACCCCAAGCCAGAGAACUUCACCUGGUCUAGGAGGGGCGGGGCCUUGCCUGACGACGUGACCGCGGAGGGCGGGACUCUGCGGUUCGGCCGGCCCCUCGCUGUGAGUGACGCGGGCGUGUACGAAUGCGAGGCCAGAAACAGCGUGGGCGCUAUGAAGGCUGAGGCUGAAAUCCUGCUGCAAGGAACUGCACGUCAGGCGUCCACUCUCGAAGGCAUGAUGCCCAUUUUGGGCGGGGCUAUCGGGGCGCUGGUGCUAAUCCUGGUGGUCUCCAUGGUGACAGUGACGUGCUACCACAAGCGCAAAAGCCGCAAGCUGGAGAAGGAGCUGAGCGAGAAACUGGAGGAGUACAGCACUCUGUCCAGACAGGCGUCCAUCAGGAGAUUCUCCUCCAUCAACACUGAAUGUCGAACACCGAUGGAGGAACAUAUUCCCCUCCCAUCUGAAAACCACGUAAGGAACAGCACGUCCUCUCUCUUGGGCCCCCCGGGUAAGAGAGACAGCCACUCCACCCUCUCCAUGGGCCGGGCAGAGAGGCCCGUUCUGUACACCUCCUUCCGCCGAGCCGAGAGAGACGCCUACGUACCGAACGGCAUCAACGGCCAGAUCGUGUCCUCCGGCAGCCAGAACCCCUCCCCCCUGACGGUGAGCCCCGCGCCCGUGUCUCUGAGCUCCGUGCCCCCCCCGGUGAAGAUGGCCUACAGCAGCGCGUGGAGCGGAGCCCCCACCCCGCCCGACGACGAGGCCGAGGAGAACGAGGAAGAGGACGGCAGCAGCGUGCAGAUCUCUGACGCGGUGUCGCGCUACUUUCACUACAACAACAAGGGAGUGCUGGCCCCCAAAAGCCAGCCCAAGGUCAUCCUGCUGCAGCCCAGGGGCCAGCUCAUCUAGAGUGCUCCUGCAGCAGCGUCCUCCUCGCCCAAUCACCGUCCUCCACCGCAAAUCCAACAGCCAAUCGCCGUCCUCCAACUGAAACCCAACAGCCAAUCACCAUCCUCUACCGCAAAUCCAACAGCCAAUCACCGCCCUCCGCCGAAAGUCCAACAGCCAAUCACCAUCCUCCAACUGAAACCCAACAGCCAAUCACCGCCCUCCACCGAAAAUCCAACACCCAAUCACCAUCCUCUACCGCAAAUCCAACAGCCAAUCACCGCCCUCCACUGAAAGUCCAACAGCCAAUCACCAUCCUCCAACUGAAACCCAACAGCCAAUCACCGCCCUCCACCGAAAAUCCAACACCCAAUCACCAUCCUCUACCGCAAAUCCAACAGCCAAUCACCAUCCUCCAACAGAAACCUAACAGCCAAUCACCAUCCUCCACCCCAAAUCCAACAGCCAAUAAUUGUCCGCCACUUCCAGCCAACCCAAAAGACAAUCCCCAUCCUCCUCCUAACGCUAUGGCUAUGUCCGAAUCGGGACUACUGUUGAGUAUACAUGUUCAGUACACUGGAUGAGAACGUUGUUGUCGUUGUACAUUUUCUGUGAAUGUAGUGUACUUAAAAUCCCUGGAUGAUCUGGGGGUUUCACUGAGCAUAUCCGGGAGUGGAGCAUACUUUGCAGGAAGUAGACGACCAUUUUGGGCCUAGAAAUAUGAUGCACAGCUCCUCCAAUGCUUCCACAAAGACUCAUGAGCAUGGCCAUGGUGGAACAGCUUAAGUAAAGCGUAGUGCAUACUUUGAGGACACAGUCUAUGGCUCCUGUGUGUUUUAUUUUGUUUUUUUUGUUGUUUUUUUUAUAACUUGGGAGUGGGGCUAUGCAUAUCCAAUUCCCACCCUACUAUGAAAUGCCUAAUUGUCGCCCCAACCCCAAUCAUGGAGCAGUCCCCGCCAAACAGGACACACGGGAGUUUUCAGACCUCAGUGCAAAGCCACAGCUUUCAUUUGAAACGCAUGGCUUAGCCUACAGCCACCUCCCUUGCGUACCUUCGCCGAACUCACACGGGGGGGCAGAAUCGAAUGCUGAAUGCAUACAGUUGCGCAUCUCCGGGGCUACCAGCCACAAGUCAGCAGUGUGGCACGGUCCGGAUUCGAACCCAAGACCGCGGGGCACAUCCACAUCCACAUCCACCACAGCAGCAGAUGCUGUCCUCCAGGAAAGCAGGAUUACGGAGUUGGCCAGAUCACAGCUUUGCUGUUUCGGGUUUUCCUUUGUGCAGUGACCUGGCGAACUCCGUAAUCCUGUUUUGUGGAAGGACCACCAGGUGUGAAUGUGAGUGCGUAGCUGUUACCAUGUGUUAUGAUUUUGUGAUGUACACUUGUAUAAUAUGCAGAACGUUUUAUUUUUAAUAAUGAUGACAUAUGAGGUCAUCUGGACGAGGCUUGCCAGUAUUUUUAUUAUUAUUGCGGUCUGGUGGUGGUAAUUGGUGAACUAGAGGACUUUGUACUGACUCUGUUUACGUUUUAUAGGUUACACAUGUACUUAAAAGCAGGGAUGCACAGCAAGGGCCGAUCCGUUUCAGGAUUUGUGCCAACUUCUGGUCUUAAUGAAUCAAUCGACUCAAUCAUGUUAUCUGACGUGUAUGUACGGCUACAGCAGCACACUGCAAGUGUUUCCUAAUGAUUUUACUGUGCUGAAGUACAGGCUUGAACCAGGGUAAUUUAUAGAGCUGUCAGCAAAUUAAAACGGCAAUUGGUUGGAACAAAAAGCAGUAUACAGACGGACCCUUGAGGACCGGAGUUGUGCACCCCUGACUUAAAGAAACCCAGGUAUUUUGUUUUGUAAUGUAUUUCUGUGUUCAGUAUUGUAUGAGCUUAUGUGUUUUGCUUUGUACAGAGAUCUCAGCUGUGUCUGCCCAAAUACAAAAAAAAAAAAACACUUUCCAAAAGCCUUUGGGAGAUGCAGGAUAUCACAUUUUUUUUUUUACAGAUUUUGAAGACCAGAGUCUUCAUAACUUCAUGGAAAAACCUCAUAACCGUUAUCUCGUCUUUGUGAAAACAGUUUCAGGUGCACCUGUGCUACACCAAACGUUUGUCCCCAUCUCAUUAAAAAAUAAAAAAAAUAAAAAAAAAUAAAAAGUUUAUUGACACAUAUGUUAACAUUAAUAACAGUAUUAGUCUUCAGUUGUACACCCACAGACGGGGACUGGUGGUCACAUGCUAUUCCGGCCUGCAGAUCCAAAGAUUGUUCAAGCAGCUGUCGCGUAAAACAACAAAGUGACAAAGUAGGCAAACGUGUCUAUGCUACGCACAAGAUUCAAGCCAAAAUAUUGGAAUCACCAGAAUAUUUUGGCCUCAAAGAGGAUUUUAUAAGCUGCUUGGGAGUUUAAAUAAAAAUAAGUGCUACAUUUUUGACAAUAUAAAUAUGUUAUUUAGAGUUUUUUUUUUUAGUAUUUGUUUCUUGCCUGUAAAUUCGUGUUUAACUGACUUUAUUUUACACUUCCACUGUAAGGGUGAAAUAAACAAGAAAGGAGGCAUUCCAGUCUUGCCGGUUA